AUGUCGCACGAAGCCCUGAACCCUAUUCAUCCCUCGGUUCUGCCCCAUUUGGACCCUGUGUUCGUCCAGCUAUAUAACGAUAAUGUUGCAAACACACCCUCUGGGCCAAUUGACCUGAGCAUACUUCGUACAAAGUACUCGGUUCUGUACUCAUAUGGUACCGGCCCUGCUCCUGACUGUGCACGCAUUUAUGAUGCUCAAGUUCCGGGCCACAACGGAGAUCUGAUUCCAGUUCGAGUCUAUGAGCCUGCAACACCUGGACCAUGGCCCGUUCAUGUAGACUUUCAUGGUGGAGGCUGGGGCCUCGGUGAUCUCGAUACAGAGUCCCACAUCUUGAAACAUAUUUGCAACAAGGCCAACGUGUGUGUCAUUGAUGUCGACUACCGUCUUGUCCCUGAAAAUGCUUUCCCGAUUGGCAUUCAAGACUCAUUCGCAGCGCUGCAGUACAUCCACAAAGAAGGAGCCGAAAAAUUCGGAAUCGACCCUACGAGGAUCUCCCUCGGUGGCGUAUCAGCAGGCGGCAACAUCGCCUUAGUAUGCGCCCAUCUCGCCCGCGACAGUCAGAUUCCUCUGAAACUAAUUGCUGUCGGCACACCAACUGUGGACAACAUCGCUUCAUACAAAUCCGCCUCCGAGGCCCCCUGGCCCUCGAUGCAACAGAUGGAACACGCGCCAACACUCAACUGGGCGCGACUGAAGUGGUUCGAUACCCUGAAAUGGCAAAGCAUCGAUGCCGAUGGUCCUAACCGAGAAUCACAACUCGGUGCCGUCAAGUGGUAUGCCAAUCUGCUCGAUGCGCCUGAUUUCACACGCCUGCCCAAGACUGUGAUUUAUACUGCCGGAUGCGAUCCUCUCCGCGAUGAAGGCGAGGCAUAUGCUAGGAAGUUGAUCGAGGCUGGGAAUGAGGUGAUCCAGAAGCGGUUUUUGGGUGUUCCCCACCCGUUCAUGCACAUGGAUAAGGAUCUAUGGCAGGCUAAGGAAUUUAUUGAUAUGACGGCUGAACAUAUUAAGAAUACGCUGCACGAAUGA